UUCAAAAGAUGCCUCGAGCUCCCAAAAUCACCCUGAGCUGGCAGCUUCCCUUCUCAGCCAGAGAAUUCAAAUCCCUUCCCCAAGGGAAUCCAAAUUCCUUCUCCUCCUUCCCAUGAAGAGCCGACCCCGGGCACCUCGUGUGACCUCAUACAAACCCCCGUGUCCCCAGUCUCCAUCCCCUGCAACCGAAAUUUCCUCAGAAAUUGGGAUGGAAUUAGCCAGAAAUCAGGAUCUCACAAGAAAAUCUCCAGUGGUGUGGAGAUGCCUCCCAAAUUUCCAGUGGGAUGGAGAUUCCUCCCAAAUUUCUACUGGGAUGGAGAUUCCUCCCAGAUCUUCACUGGUUCCUCCCAAAUUUCUACUGGGAUUGAGAUUCCUCCCAAAUCUCCACUGGUUCCUCCCAGAUCUCCACUGGUUCCUCCCAGAUCUCCACUGGGAUGGAGUUUUCUCCAAGGUGAAAAGGGGGAAGAUCAGAUGACUCCACACAGGGGAAGUGUCCAGACCCGGGGAUUUUUGGGUGGGAUUCCCUCAUCUCCUGCUUCUCCAGCUCCACCACCAGCUCAUCCUCCCCCGGCUUUGUCCCCUGGCAGGUCCCUGCAGCGCCAUGCCUUGGGCCACCACCCUCAUCCUCAUCCUGGCCGGGCUCUGCGGCUCCGCCCUGGGCCAGUACAACGAGGAGGAGGACCUGGCGUGGCUCCAGUACUACCUGCGGCAGUCCCGCGUCUCCUCCUACAACUACGUGCCCUACUACGAGGAGGAGAGCCCCGCGUACGCCUACUCCUACCCCUCCGCCACCGACAGCGAGCCCGAGCCCGAGCCGGAGCCGCAGCAAGCCGCGCCCUGGCGGUGUCCCCAGGAGUGUGACUGUCCCCCCAACUUCUCCUCGGCCAUGUACUGCGACACGCGGAACCUGCGGUACCUCCCGUUCGUGCCCUCGCGGAUGAAAUACGUCUAUUUCCAGAAUAACCUGAUCACCUCCAUCCAGGAGGGAGCCUUCGACAACGCCACGGAGCUGGAGUGGCUGGCGCUGCACAACAACCAGAUCAGCAGCGAAAAGAUGGGGAAAAGGGUUUUUGGGAAGCUGCAGCGUUUGGAGAGGCUCUACAUGAACAACAACAACCUGACCAGGCUGCCCGGCCCGCUGCCGCGCUCGCUGCGGGAGCUCCACCUCUCCUACAACCAGAUCUCCAAGGUGCCUUCCAAUGCUCUGGAGGGGCUGGAGAACCUCACGGCGCUGUACCUCAGCCACAACUUCAUCUUCGAGCUGGGCGCCUCCCUCAAGGGGCUCAAGUCGUUGAUCCUGGCCGACCUGAGCUACAACAACCUCAGGAAGGUCCCCGACGGGCUCCCGGCGUCCCUGGAGCAGCUGUACCUGGAGUACAACUACAUCAACGCCAUCCCCGACGAUUAUUUCCAGGUGUCCCCCAGGCUGCUCUACGUGAGGAUGUCCCACAACAGCCUGACCAACCAAGGGCUCUCCAGCAACACCUUCAACAGCAGCAGCAUCCUGGAGCUGGACCUCUCCUACAACCGGCUCCAGAAGAUCCCGCGGGUCAACACCAACCUGGAGAACCUCUACCUGCAGGGGAACCAGAUCAACGGUGAGCAGCAGUGAAAAACCCCCGGUGGUGGUUUGAGCAGGG